AUGCUGCACUUCCUCCAUGCGGAGAGAAGCACGGGUGCAGCCCAGAGGUCAAGAGGGAGCCGUGCUUCUCUCGUGGAGAGAAGCACAGCGAGGCAGCUGGGACGGGGCAGGCUUCUCUCCGUAGAGAGAAGCACGGGGACAUGCGGGGACGCGGGGACGGGGGAGCAGGUUGAGCGGGGGCGCAGGCUGGGAGUCAACCCGCGGACCAGCCAGCAAGCCGGAACGGGCAAGCGAGCCACCGGGGAGAACAAGCCAGGCCGGGGUCCAGCCCGCCAGCCUGCGCACCCACGCAGGGCAACCGGGACCAGCCCGCCCAGGCAGCCGGGCAACCAGUGCCGCCAACACACCCGAGCAGCCAGCCAGACGGGGCAGGGGAGCCAGCCCACACAGCAGAGCCAGCCCGCGCGGGAGAAAAAACCCCGCCGCCACACCCAAACAGGCCAGCCCACGCAAGCCACCCACCCGGGAAACCGGCCGGGGCGGCACCACUCGGGGCCCAGCCCUCCAGCCCUCCACCCGUCGACCGAGCUGGCCGCCCCAGCGGGCAAGCCGGGGAGCCAGCACACCGGUGCAGGGCAACCAGGCCCACGCACACAGUGCACCGGCCCGCCAACACUCCCGGGCAAGCAAGCCGGAGAGCCGCCCCGAACACCACCGAGGGCAACCAGGCCCCCAACAGGACCGGCAGGCCAGCCCGCACAAGAAAACCAGGCAGCUGGGGGGCCGGGGAACCAGCCCGCACACCCGCCAGACAGCCAGCACCCACAGGGGACCCGGCCCGAGCAACCAGUCCCGCCGGCGCACGGGGAAGCAAGCCACCCAGAGGGCAAGCAAGUCCGGAGGCGGGCGAGCGAGCAAGCCGAAGCAAGCAUGCCCGCCGACCAGCCGGAGCAAGCAAGCUCCCCACAGGAGCAGGCAACCCAGCCAGCAAGGCGAGGAGGCGAGCCAACCAGGGCAAGCCUCCCACCGGGGAGACAACACAGGGCGGGGAACAGGCUGCCCGGGAGCCAGCAACCCAGGGAACCAGCCCAAGGGAGACCAGCCACCAGGCCAGGCAAGCCAGCUGCCCAGAAAGAAUCCCCCCCCCCCUCCAAGUCCUCUACCCAGUACCCACACAGUUCACAAGGAACAGGUGGGUGCGGGCUUUGGGAGGAAGGGGAGGGGAGGAGGGAGGAGAAGGGGAGGGGAGGAGGGAGGAGAAGAGGAGGGGAGGAGGAAAGGGAGGAGAAACGACUGGCUUAUAACACUGUUGUGCCAAGGAUAGCUUUUCGCCGACGCUGGGGCUGGGCGUGUGGUUAA